AUGCGAAGCGUGUUGGUGCUGUGUUUGUUGAUUGGAGCUGUGGUCGGCGGCUAUCAAUCGGUUCGGGUGCUCGGAAAGUUGACGUGUAAAGGGAAGCCCUACGGAAAUGCCAAGAUUAAGCUGUACGAUCAUGACACGUUCACGAUGGACGACAAGCUGGCUGAGGUCCGUUCAAACGCCGACGGAUCUUUCGAAAUUGAGGGAAUCGGUUCGGAGAGGACCCGGCUAAAUGUCCAAUUAAAUAUCUAUCAUCGAUGCGAUAAGACGAUUCCACUCUGCUAUUACAAGGCGACGUUCCCAAUCCCAUACACCUAUAUCUCCACUGGCCCCCGGGCACAAAAGCCCUACGAUGUACAAACAAUCGAGCUGUCCAUGCUGAAGAAGGAACGUGAUUGCUUGAAU